AUGAAGUUCUUCGAAAACAAGUUCACCUACGAUUAUUCUUUCCCUGCUGUCUCUCUCGCUUACUUCCUCCGUUACCCAAACCCCUACUCCCGUCAUGUCUUGACCACGGAUGUGAUUGAUCGCUACGUCGAUCCUACUACCCAACGUCUCCAUACCACGCGACUCCAUCUGAAGAAAUCUAAGGUUCCAUCCGGUAUCUUGAAGUUACUUCCCAAAGGAAUGGGUGGCUCCGACAGUUCCGGCCAGAGUUAUAUCCUCGAAACCACCAUCGUCGACCCGAAAGAAGGCUGGAUGGAGACUGAAUCGCGUAACAUGGAAUGGACCGGUAUUCUCAGUGUGGUGGAAAAGCAACGAUACCAGCGCAUUCACUUAGAUGACGAGGUUCGUGCCCUUGAUGGACUCUCUAUGGAACACAAGGAAAAAACCACCGUGCGCACUACCGUCACUUUCAAAUCUCGACUCGGCCAGGGUAAAUUGCUAGGAUGGAAGAAGGCGGAUCAUGAUGGAGAUGAAGACGCUCCCAAGAAGGGUUUCUUCUCGUCGCUGUCUACUGCUGGUAUCCAGCGAACCAUCGAGUUGAUUGGAGUCAGCCGCACCCGGGAUGCCGUGCUGAAGAGCAAGGACGGAAUGAACGUGGUGCUCGAACGUCUACGCAGUGGUGGAAUUGUCGGCGUCCUGGAAGGCAUGCGACGAGACCGUGAGGCAUUGGGGCUGGACCUACAUCUCAAGCGCAUGUAA